AGGUGCUGCCGACCUCAGACUACGGUCAUGGGGGAGGCUCCGAGCGACCACCAGCUGCAUGUGGCGCGUGUGGCGGUGCAUCUCUGUGCUCAACUGGCUGAUGGCAUGCAGGAUGUGGAGCCGGUCCUCAAACCCAUACAGAAUUUGGUGGCCAAUAGCGAAGGCGCUGAAGCCAUGCCCCUGGCCGUGCAGACCCUGUCGGUGGUGGCACGGCGCCGCGUCGAAGCAUCGCUUCGCUUCAACCCAGUGAUCCCCCUAACAGCGCUGGCCAUCGGCAAAGAUGCAGCUGGACGCUGUGCUUGGGCAGCUAGGGAGUCGCUCCACCAGUUCGCCAGCGAUGGCAAUGGUGUGGGCCAGGCCUACGCUCAGCUUUUAGCAGGCUACGCUCACAUUGAACUGAUGGAUUCGGCGAAAGCACUGAAAGCUGCUGUGGCCAGUGAAGAACUCUUCAAGAGUCAGAAGAACAAGCCUGGCGAAGCUGCAGCCCUCUGCUGUCAGAGCAGCGCGCGGCUACUGAGGGCUAUGGCUGGGAGCAGUCCACAGUUGCAACUUGCAGAGGACAAGGAGGAGAAGGUCAAGGCGGUGAAAAAGCGACAGGAGGAAGAAGCCAAAGCAGGCAUUUCGUCUGCACGCGCUGCGUGUUGCAUCUACAGCGACAUUGAUGACAGAAAGUCAGAGGCUGCUUGCUUGACCCUCGUGGGGGAGCUGAUGCUGGCAAAGGACGAAGUUGAUGAGGCGAAGAACGUGGCCCGUGAGGCUCGAGACAUCUUCCAGGACUUGGAAGAUCCUUAUGGUGAGGCCAGAGCACUGAACCUGAUUCUCAGUGCCAACAUGCUUCACGAGGCAGACGCCGUGGAUGCGCUGUUUGCGGCGAAGGACGUGUUGUGGCUGUUUAGGGGCAACGACAUCAGCGAAGAGGAGGAGGACAAGAAGGCGGUCAACUGGGUUGAAGGGGCUGAUGCACCAAGCCUAGCGAUCUGGGAUGGAAAGCUUAUGGCAAUAUGUGCGCAGAUCAAAGUGGGAGGCACGGGGGCGAUUGCGGAUGGCCUGCAUGGUCAAGCCAAGGUACACUUCUCCAUUGGAGAGCUGUCCGAAGCCAAAGAAGUGGCGCAAGAAGCUUUGAAAUACUACCAGCAGGCUAAGAUGUCGCCCAAGGAGGCAGCCUGCGGCCAGGGCUAUGCGCUACAAACCUUGGCGCACACCCACUGCGCCGAGCUUUCGCCGGACGAGGGCUUGCCCUUCAGCGAACAGUCAGUGGAACUUUUUGCCACGGCGGGCGAUGUGAAGGGCCAAGCCAUGGCCAAGGCCGUUUUGGCCUAUCAGGAUACCAUGUCACGCAUGAAGCAGUUAGAAGAUACUCCUCAGGCCUUUACCCAGCAAUCCAACGCUCGGGUCACCGAGAACUGGACGGUCAUUGAGGAUGCCAUGGCGAUGAUGCGGGACAUCCGAAAUCAGGAAGGAGAAGAUACCAUCGGCUCCUUGAUCUACGAGAUGAAUCAAAAAGUUGGGGAGAUCCAGAAAAAGAUGUCGACUCCCACAAAAACAGUGUGGACCGUGGACAAGGUCACAAGAAAAGCCAAGCAAAAGGACUAUUACGAGCCUGUCGACCCGGGAACCCAGCUGGCCACGCAGGAGUGA